GACUGUGACGCGUUCAGGGUCUGGUUCCUGUGAGGAACUGCAAGCUCUGUAGCAAACUUUACUGAGCUGACCAUGGCUGAAGAAGUGUCGGAGCUCUCUGUCCCGGUCCCGUGGGGACACAUCAGAGGGAGAGUCUGGGGUCCUGAUCACGGCCGUCCGGUGCUCUGCCUGCACGGCUGGGCUGAUAACUGUGGUGCAUUCAAGACCCUCAUCCCCCUCCUCCCCAAAGAGUGCAGAUAUGUGGCGCUGGAUCUGACGGGCCACGGUCUGUCAUCACAUCGUCCUCCUGGAGAUUUCUACUCUUGUCCUUCGUACGUGGCGGAUGUACACAGAGUCGCUGAUGCUCUGCAGCUGAGGAAAUUCUCCAUCAUAGGCCACAGUAUGGGUGCUGACAUCGCAGCAUUGUUCAGUGCGCUGUUCCCUGAGAUGGUGGAUGCUCUCGUGCUUCUGGACUCUUACGGAUUCCUACCUACAGAUUCGAAAGAACUUUCCAAAGUGAUAAGGCAGGGCAUGGAUGAGAUGCUUCGGUUUGAAAAAAAGACAGAAGAGAAGAAAAGAGUUUACACUUAUGAGAAAGCAGUUAACAGGUUGUUGGCUGCAAACCCGACUAUGACUGAUCAGUCAGUGCACAUCCUUUUAGAGCGAGGUCUAGUUCAAGUUGAAGGAGGAUUCGAGUUCUCCAGAGACUUGCAAAUUAAUUUUAAAAACAUAUGGCGCAUCAGUUUGGAACAGAGUCUGGAGAUGCUGUCGAGGGUUCAAGCCUCUGUUCUACUUGUUCUAACCGAACAAGGCUCGAAUAGAACAUUUUCUGAACCAGCUCAAAGACAAUUCAGCUCAGCACUUUUCCAGGGCUUAAAGGACCGAAACCACACGGUGGUGACGGUACCAGGUGAUCACCACGUUCACCUGAAUCAGCCUGAAGUCGUCGCUCUGGUUGUGUCUGACUUCCUGCAGAACAAAGUGUUGUCCCAGUCAAACAACGUACGGCACAAGUUAUAACCCAUAAAAAAAGCUUGCAGUGGCACAUUAAAGUUAUAUUGUACUGUAUAUAUGCUGAAGGGAUCAGAUGUAAGUUUACUUUUAUCUCACAACUUUAUUGACAAAUCAGAACGGGGGGUGUGACAGACUUCUUCACGUACAUAGCAUCUGCAGCCUUCACUGUAAGCCAAUGGGCUAUCAGCUUUGUUCUUUUUUAAGAACCUUUGACCUACUUGUUAGUUACACUCUUGCAGAAUCACACUUUUGUAAGAGUUUAAAGUUUCAAGUAAGUUUAAAGUGCCUCUUUUCAAAGGAUUCUGUAGAUUUCAUUACAACCUCAUUCCAAGACACACGUUAAAAGUUAAAAAGUCACAGCAAGUUUUCUGGAGUUUUACAUGUUUUUCAUGGGUUUCAAAC